AAGUUAUUUUCACUGGUUUUUCAGCCAUAGAAGACCUAAACGGUGGAGUGUGCAAGUGAAGAGGUGUGCGAACGUUGAAUGUUUAGGCGAGGGAGAGGAAGAGGAAGAGGAGAGAUCAGCUGAAUUGCGCUUGCAAGCCAUGAGGAAGCGGGAUUUGGCAAUUCUUAUGCUCUCCGCUUUCGCUAUUUUCUUCACUCUUCAGCAAGAUGGCGGUAUUUCGUUCAAAGAGGCGUGGAUGCACCUAACCGAUGACUAUCCAAUCAAAUACGAAGCCGAACGUCUUCCGCCGCCUCUCGUCGCCGAUCUCAACGGAGACGGUAAAAAGGAAGUUCUUGUAGCUACUAACGACGCCAAAAUUCAGGUUUUGGAGCCCCAUAGUAGACGUGUCGAUGAAGGAUUCAGUGAGGCGCGAGUGUUGGCCGAGGUGUCUCUGUUGCCCGACAAAGUACGUGUCAUGUCUGGGAGACGGCCUGUUGCUAUGGCCACCGGCACUAUUGACCGGUAUAAAAUUGGACAGCCGCAGAAACAGGUUUUGGUUGUAGUAACGUCAGGUUGGUCUGUAAUGUGUUUUGAUUCCAACCUCCAAAAGUUGUGGGAAAAUAAUUUACAGGAAGAUUUUCCUCAUAAUGCUCACCAUAGGGAAGUUGCUAUCUCUAUAAGCAAUUACACUCUAAAGCAUGGAGAUACAGGAUUGAUAAUUGUUGGUGGCAGGAUGGAAACGCAGCCACAUAUUUUCAUGGAUCCUUUUGAAGACAUAGGAGCAAGAUUUGCUGAGCAAAAACGAAGAAGUACUACUGAAAAGGAGGCUUCUGAAAACUCUGGAACUGUGGAUUUACGCCAUUUUGCAUUUUAUGCAUUUGCUGGUCGAUCUGGUGCUGUAAAAUGGAGCAGAAAAAAUGAGAACAUUGAAGUGCAUUCUUCAGAUGCUUCACAAUUACUUCCACAGCAUAACUACAAGCUUGAUGUUCAUGCUCUGAAUGCCCGUCAACCUGGAGAGUUUGAAUGCAGGGAAUUCAGAGAAUCAAUCUUGGGAGUCAUGCCUCAUCGCUGGGCUAGGAGAGAAGAUACUUUGUUGAAGCUUGCCCACUUCAGACGGCACAAGAGAAAAUCAUUGAAGAAAACUCCUGGAAAGUCGAUGAGUUAUCCUUUUCACAAGCCUGAGGAAAACCAUCCUCCAGGGAAGGACACAACCAAAAAAAUUUCAAACAUAAUUGGAAAGGCAGCAAAUUAUGCUGGUUCAGCAAAAUCUAAGAAGCACCUUCCCUAUGUUCCCACCAUAACCAACUACACUCAGGUUUGGUGGGUUCCUAAUGUUGUUGUGGCUCAUCAGAAGGAGGGAAUAGAAGCACUUCAUCUAGCAUCUGGCCGAACAAUAUGCAAGCUUCAUCUUCAGGAAGGUGGCCUGCAUGCUGAUAUUAAUGGUGAUGGAGUACUAGAUCAUGUGCAGGCUGUUGGAGGAAAUGGUGCCGAGCAGACUGUAGCCAGUGGGUCUAUGGAAGUGCUACGUCCUUGUUGGGCUGUAGCAACAUCUGGUGUACCAGUACGGGAACAACUCUUUAACGUAUCCAUUUGUCAUUAUACCCAUUUUAACUUAUUCCAACAUGGAGAACUUUAUAGAAGCUACGGUCAAGGUUCAGAUAGUGCCUCUUUAGAGGUAGCAACACCUAUUCUAAUUCCUCGAAGUGACGGUCAUAGGCAUCGGAAGGGAAGCCAUGGUGAUGUUAUCUUCUUGACAAAUCGUGGAGAGAUUACAUCAUACUCCCCUGGCUUGCAUGGUCAUGAUGCUAUUUGGCAGUGGCAACAAUCAACUGGUGUUACAUGGUCAAAUCUACCUUCCCCAUCAGGAAUGAUGGAAGGUGGUCUGGUGGUUCCCACACUAAAGCCUCUUCCCUUGCGGUUGCAUGAUAAUCAGGAAAUGAUCCUUGCAGCUGGGGAACAGGAAGCCGUGAUAAUGUCACCAGGAGGAAGUAUAUUGGCUACAAUUGAAUUACCUGGCCCACCAACACACGUUUUGAUCUGUGAGGACUUUUCAAAUGAUGGGCUCACUGACCUUAUUCUUGUCACCUCUAAUGGACUGUACGGCUUUGUUCAGACCAGGCAACCGGGUGCUCUCUUCUUCAGCAUGCUAGUUGGUUGUCUCAUAGUCGUGAUGGGGGUUAUAUUUGUCACCCAGCACUUGAAUUCCACAAAGGGGAAGCCUCGUCCCUCAUCGGUUCCUCGGUGAAGAGCUGGAACUGAAAUUUAAUACCAACCGAACUUGAGGCUAAAAGAACAGUGAAGUGUGCGCAACCAGUCAAGAGAAGAGCAUUCAAAACGCGUAGAGCUUGAGUAAAUCUCUAUAACAGGUGCUGAACGGUUCUAGACUGUUGAUUGUAAAAUUUGGACAGAAUGUAGGAAAUUUGAUGUUAUAAUAUUAUAAGGAAACUUAUACUGUCUGCUUCAUGGAAUUUUGACCUGUCAUUGAGGAAGCUAUACUGUACACAGUGGUUACUUGUUCAGAGUUAGUUGAUGCACUAGAGAAUUUCACCA